UAAAAGUAAAUUGUAAUUGUAAACAUGAACUUUUCCAUAAUUAAAAAUGUUUUUAGACAUGCCUCCACUUUAUAUUACCAAACAAGAAACGUAACAUUUGCUGCUUUGUCACUUCCGGUUAGAAGUAUUCACACCACACGAUACAAUAAUGAUUUAAUGGAAUUUUUUGAUACUAAGAAAAAUUGGAGUGAGACAAAUAUAAGAGUGGGCAGAGCUUGGAAACUGGACGAAUUAAGAAUAAAGUCAAAUGUGGAUUUACAUAAACUGUGGUACGUACUACUUAAAGAACGUAAUAUGCUUUAUACAAUGGAGCAUGAAUGUAACGAGCAAACACGACUGUUUCCUAACCCUGAAAGAAUUGAUAAGGUUCAAGAAUCAAUGAGUAAUAUUGAGACAGUCAUCAGAGAACGCAACAUUGCAUAUUAUAAGCUAGAAACUGGUGAAACUGGUGAACGCCCAGUGGAAGAUGUGCUUAAUUUAUUUGGUCUACCUGAAAAAUACAAUAAACAAGAGUACUAUAUACCACAAUUUAUGAAUAGCAGGUGGGUAAGACCUUAUUUAGAACAUGGAUACAUAAACAGUCUUGCUGUUAAGAAAUUUUAUAGACUAUAUAAAGAAAAACAGUACAAUGAAGUAAGAAAAGCCCGCAAUAGAGAUUUCAAUCAUGUGCAACAGCUAUUGAAACGUUUCCCAAAUAUGGAUAUGGAAAAGUUGAAAGCUGAAUAUCCAAAUGUUGAUAUUGAAAAAGCAAAGAGAACCAAAAAAGCAAGAGGGCAUUAUAUGCCUUUGUAUUAGUAUCAUUUAAAUUAAUGUUUUAGAGUUAUUAUUAUUUAAUAAAG